CUUUUUGCGUUGCUUGUUUUAUGUGCUGCUCGCCAAUUUAAUCCAAUUUGAAUUUGACGUUUGUGUGUGUAUUUUUUUUUCUUUGGGAGUGCAGCUUUCAUUCUACAUUGAGCCUUUUCGAUGUAUAAAAUGGAGUAUUCUUACCUCAAUUCCUCUGCCUACGAGUCCUGUAUGGCCGGGAUGGACACGUCGAGCCUGGCGUCAGCCUAUGCGGACUUCAGCUCCUGUAGUCAGGCCAGUGGUUUUCAGUACAACCCGAUCAGGACUACGUUUGGGGCCACCUCCGGGUGUCCAUCGCUGACACCCGGCUCCUGUAGUCUGGGAACCUUGCGGGACCACCAGAGCAGCCCGUACGCCGCAGUUCCCUACAAGUUGUUCACCGACCACGGGGGUUUAAACGAGAAAAGAAAGCAGAGGCGUAUCCGGACCACAUUCACCAGCGCUCAACUGAAGGAGCUCGAGCGGGUUUUUGCUGAAACUCACUACCCAGACAUUUAUACACGAGAGGAGCUCGCCCUGAAAAUCGAUCUAACGGAGGCCAGAGUUCAGGUGUGGUUCCAAAACAGACGCGCCAAAUUUCGCAAACAAGAGCGCGCUGCUGCGGCUGCUGCAGCUGCAGCAAAGAAUGGAUCGGGAAAGAAAUCAGAUUCUAGAGAAGAGGACAGCAAAGAGGCCAAAGCUACCGACCCUGACAGCACAGGAGGACCUGGGCCAAACCCUAACCCUGCAACCAACUGCGGCGGACCAAGCCCAACCGCGGGUCAGGUUAACACUACCGGGAACGGGCCCGUUGAGCCAGUGAAGACGUCAGUGGCCGGUAUGGGUGGUACUGCACCGAGUCAAGGCUGGCCUUCGGCUCCAGGCGCCAUCACCUCUAUCCCGGACUCUCUAGGGGGACCAUUUGCUAGCGUAUUGUCUUCUUUACAAAGACAGAAUGGAGCCAAAGCCACUUUAGUAAAGACCAGCAUGUUCUGAAAGAGUGGUCAACCGAGAAACAAAAACGACGGGUGAGAGAUCCGAAGAAAAAAAACAACAACAACAAAAACUGAUGACUGACUCGUAAAAAGGAGGAAUGCCAAAAGAAUAAAAGGGAGAUCAGUUUGUCUGCUCACUGUUGUAAACAUGAGGAGACCA